CACCUGCCUCAGCCUUCCAAGGUGUUAGAAUUACAGGUGUGAGCCACUGUGCCCCGCCCUGACUAGCUGUCUCUUCUGCAGCUGCAGCAGCUGUAUUGCCCAACUCUAUAGGCUCUGGCCCCUCCAGAUUCUCUUUUUGACUGUGGGAGGCACUGCCUUGAUUGGUUUACCUGAACUUGUCUCAGAUGCAAAGCACUUAUCUCUUAGGAGAUUCCCAAGAAAGUCAACAAGAUCCUGUCCCCAGGGAGUGAGUCACUGGCCAAAGGGAACAUAGGGUAGGCAGAAAACUUAAAAGAGUUUCUUAAAGUGAAGACUGGAGAAUUCCAGCCAAGUUCCUCCCUUCCUCUGAGCUGUGAAUCUCUCUUCAUGGAAGCCAAGGGUAGAGACAGGGAGGAUGGGGCCAGGUUAGAGCCUUCCAUACACAAACACUUCUAGAGUUGUCCUUUUCUGUUCUGUUCUUGGACCCUUAGAUGCCUCCUGACCCUUUUAGCUCCAGAUUAGGAGAAACAUCCAGCAAACUCUUUGAAGCCCUCAGUAUUUGUUGGAGGGACUGGACUCCUCUCCAGCUCCCCCACCCUCUGCCUCCAUCAUAUGUACAAGAGAGGUCCUGUACAGAUCUCUCUGGGCUCUAAUUUUUCCUUUGGAAUAACUUCUUCCUAUUUCAGGAAAGGGAAAUGGUGUCACUCAAGUUCUGGAACUGCUUCUCCAGCCAGGCUGGGGCCAUAGGUCCCGCUCUAGUGAAGGUCAAUGUCUCAGAAUAAAGGCUGUAUUUUUUACAAAUAGUGUGGGGUCUCAUCAUUCUUAUUAAAGUCUUUGAUGAUAGGUAUUAUAUUUUCUUUUUUUUUUGGUAUUAUAUUUUCAUAUAUUUGGCAAAACAUUCUUUUUCUUCUUGCUGUUUGGGUGCUCUUCCUCAGUUGUCAUGGAGACUAGUGGUUAGAAACUAGAACUAGGUUCAUGGUGGUCAGGAAAUGGGGAAGAGAAACUUAUAUUUACAUAAUGCUCAUUAUAUGCCAGGAACUGGGCUAAGUAUUCUGUGCUCAUAGAAUCUAUGUCCUUGAUUUUAUUUAAUCCACAUCAUUCUGGAAGGUUGGUGCCGGUAUCUCCAGUUUACACAUGAGGAAACUAAGGCUUUACUAAGUCAAAAUGUUUGUCAAAGAUCUCAGAGGUAAGAAGCGGCAGAGAUGGGUUUGAAAGCUGGAUUUGCCUGGCCCCCAAGUUUGAAUUCUUCCUAUUUUACCACACUACUCCAAAUCCAUUCAAGGUAAAGAUCUUGAUUGAGAAGAAUGGGAAUCAAGAUUCCUGUUACAUAAAGUGAACCUUUAGAAAGCUAGAAGCCUUGGGGUCUUUGGGUGAGUAAUCGCUGACGCGAAUUAACAAGGAAUAUACCCAGAUCUAUGCGUACCCCGACAGGUCGUAAUCUCUAGCAGGUAACCCUUCAAAAACACGCCCUGAGUCAAGAUGGCCUCCCAAAUAACCCUUGUUAAAGAUGGCGCCUCCAUCGGACGUCCCUCCCUUGAUCUCAGCGGGACUCUCAUCUUUUUUUCCUGGAAUGAAAAAAUGCCCUGCCCAGCACUAAGAUGUUAGUACAAGUUAGUCGUCUCUUUCUCGUUCUUGUCAAAAGUGGCCAGGACUUCGGCUACAUUCUCCAGGACACGGCUUCUUUUCGACUUCAGAAAAAAACCCACAAACAUCGACAACCUUCAGCUCUCACCAAGAUGGAGCGAGCUGGAAGUGCGGCGGCUCAGAGUUUGAGUUUAUGGGCGGGCCGAGGGCGACACUUCCGCCCCUCACCAACAUGGCCGCGGGCUGGAAGUGCGCAUGAGCAGCUGUCUAUGGCGAUACCCAGAUCGGGACAGGGAGAACACAGUUGGAGAAAAUCGGCGGCUGAGACGGCCUUGACCGGACUUAGCACUGAGGCCUGUGAAUCAGGAGAUACCAACAGCUCCAAAAAAGGAUCAGUUCCUCGGAUGUGCCCCCUCACAGAGAGAUGAAGGGGCAGCAGAAAACAGCUGAAACGGAAGAGGGGACAGUGCAGAUUCAGGAAGGUGCAGUGGCUACUGGGGAGGACCCAACUAGUGUGGCUAUUGCCAGCAUCCAGUCAGCUGCCACCUUCCCUGACCCCAACGUCAAGUACGUCUUCCGAACUGAGAAUGGGGGCCAGGUGAUGUACAGGGUGAUCCAGGUGUCUGAAGGGCAGCUGGAUGGCCAGACUGAGGGCACUGGUGCCAUCAGUGGCUACCCUGCCACUCAAUCCAUGACCCAGGCAGUGAUCCAGGGUGCCUUCACCAGUGAUGAUGCAGUUGACACAGAGGGGACAGCUGCAGAGACACACUAUACUUACUUCCCCAGCACGGCAGUGGGAGAUGGGGCAGGGGGUACCACAUCGGGAAGUACAGCUGCUGUUGUUACUACCCAGGGCUCAGAGGCACUGCUGGGACAGGCGACCCCUCCUGGCACUGGUCAGUUCUUUGUAAUGAUGUCACCACAAGAAGUACUGCAGGGAGGAAGCCAGCGCUCAAUUGCCCCUAGGACUCACCCUUAUUCCCCGAAGUCAGAAGCUCCUCGGACAACUCGUGAUGAGAAACGCAGAGCUCAGCACAAUGAAGUGGAGCGCCGCCGCCGAGACAAGAUCAACAACUGGAUCGUGCAGCUCUCCAAGAUCAUCCCAGACUGCUCUAUGGAGAGCACCAAGUCUGGCCAGAGUAAAGGUGGGAUUCUAUCCAAAGCUUGUGAUUAUAUCCAGGAGCUUCGGCAGAGUAACCACCGCUUGUCUGAAGAACUGCAAGGGCUUGACCAACUGCAGCUGGACAAUGAUGUGCUUCGACAGCAGGUGGAAGAUCUUAAAAACAAGAAUCUGCUUCUGCGAGCUCAGUUGCGGCACCACGGAUUAGAGGUCGUCAUCAAGAAUGACAGCAACUAACUGUGGGGAUCCAGGGGCUUUGGGCCCAAGAACUGCAGAUAGCCCAGGAGCAACAGCCUAAUCCCGUGUCCUUUCCUUCACUGCCCACUUCUGGCAGGGGACGGGGCCGGGGGGGGGGGUUCAAAAGGUGUGUCUUUGAACUGAGGACCUGUGAUAUGGCAGCCUGCAGUGGUGUGAAACACACAAUGUGAACGUGCACUGACAGCCUUGCCCACCCCCACCACGCAGCCCCUGGGCCCUUGUGCUCCUCUCGCACAAUGCAUGUGCUGUCUCCAUGCUGGAUACUGGACACACUAAACUGGGGGGCUUGUCCUGUGCUUGCUUAGAGUGCCCAGCAGAGGCCUGCUGACGGGUGAUGCUCUGGCUUGCCCCAGGACUCUGGCACUUCCAUUGGUUCUUCCUUUCCCUGGAGCUGAGGUUUAGAUGUGCACCCUGCUGCUCAGGGGAGCAAGCUUACACAAGAAGUGGGGAAAGGAUGUUUAGCAGUGGCUGGUGCCCAUGAAGAGGAGACUGGCCAGCCAGAAGCUGAGGCUUGUGCAGACGUCUCUGGAGCCAGGGAGAACUACAGGCAGGGGCCCAUUUGGGGCCUUCCCCUUUGUGGGGGUGUUUUUUUUUUUUU